UGUCUUCUGGCGCUGCUGCUGCUGCUGGAGGGCGRCAUGUUCUCCUCUCCACCCUCCCGGCUGCUGGAGGAGCUCUGCCAGCACAUCGACCUCCACCAGGAUGAAUCUGUGCAGAAGCUGAAGGAGUGGGUGGCGGUGGAGAGCGAUUCCAUCCAACCAGUGCUUCAUGUCAGACAAGAGCUCUUCCGGAUGAUGCCGGCUGCAGACAAGCCCCAGCGCCUGGGAGCCAGCGUGGAACCCAGGGACCUGGGCUCGCAGCAGCUACCUGAUGGCCAGAGUCUUCCCAUCCCUCCUAUCAUCCUGGCUGAACUGGGGAAUGAUCCGAAGAAACCCACUGUGUGCUUGUAUGGGCACCUGGAUGUGCAGCCKGCUCAGGAGAGCAAGGGGUGGCUCACGUUCCCCUACACGCUGACGGAGGUGGACGGGAAACUGUAUGGACGAGGAUCCGUAGACAACAAAGGCCCCGUCCUAGCUUGGAUUCAUGCUGUGAGCACCUUCAGAGACCUAGARCAAGAUCUCCCUGUGAAUUUCAAGUUCAUCCUUGAAGGGAUGGAAGAAGCUGGUUCUGUUGCCCUAGAGGAACUUACCAAAAAAGAAAAGGACCGGUUCUUCUCCGGUGUGGACGACAUCGUGACUUCAGAUCAUCUGUGGCUCAGUCAGACGAAGCCCGMGCUCACUUAUGGGACUCGAGGGAACAGCUACUUCCAGGUGGAGGUGAGAUGCAGAGAUCAAGAUUUUCAUUCAGGAACCUUUGGUGAUGUCCUCAACGAGCCAAUGGCUGACUUGGUGGCUCUUCUCGGAAGCCUGGUGGAUUCCUCAGGUCAUAUCCUGAUCCCUGGAAUCUAUGACCAAGUGGCUCCUCUUACAGAGGAGGAAAAAAAACUGGAUGAAGCCAUUGAAAUGGACCUAGAAGAACACCGGAAUACCAGCCAGGUUGAGAAAGUUCUGUUUGAUACCGAGGAGGAAAUCCUCAUGCAUCUGUGGCGGUACCCAUCUCUUUCUAUUCACGGGAUCGAGGGUGCGUUUGAUGAGCCUGGAACUAAAACAGUUAUACCUGGCCAGGUGAUAGGAAAAUUUUCAAUCUGUCUAGUCCCUCACAUGAACAUGUCUGUGGUGGAGAAACAGGUAACAAAUCACCUUGAGGACGUGUUCUCCAAAAGGAACAGCUCUAACCGCAUGGCUGCUUCCAUGACACGGGGACUUCAGCCGUGGAUUGCAGACAUCAACGACAUGCAGUAUCUCGCAGCAAAAAGAGCCAUCAGCAGAGUGUUUGGAACAGAAUCAGAUAUGAUGCGGGAUGGGUCAACCAUUCCAAUAGCCAAAAUGAUCCAGGACAUCAUUCAAAAGAGCGUGUUGAUGCUUCCACUGGGGGCUGUCGAUGAUGGGGUGCCAAAGUCUUGGCUGGGCACAGAAUCAUGA